CCGGGCCCGCCCGGCCAAAGUCCCUGCGCCAUGAGCGGGGCCCCGGGCGGCCGCCGCCCGACCUUCCCCGGGCUCCCAGGGGAGCGGGUGCUCGAGGAGGCGGCGGGCGCCCGGCGGCGCCGCGGGAACGGCGGCGGCUCCGUCCCGGGGACGCUGCUCUGCACCAACCGCCGCCUCGCCUUCCUGCCCGGCCAGGCUCCUGGCUCCCGUGGCCGCCUCCGCUCUGAGGACGAGGUGGCCCUGCCCUGCAUCCACAAGCUGGUGGCAGCCAGCAGCUUCUCCAAGCCCAAGGUGCUCACGGCCGCCUCCACCCUCAAAUUCAUCCCGGAGGAGCUCGCCGUGUUCUGCCGGGAUUUCCGCCUGCUCCGCUUCUCCUUCCCCGAGAACGGUUUGGCUCCGCAGGCGUUCCGGGUGGCCAACGCCAUCGCACAGGCACGGGAGGCGGCUGCGAGGCUGGGGGACGCUGCUGAUGGCUGGGCCGGCCCUGGAGAAGCCAUCCCAGAGGAGGAUGAGGAUGAAGAUGAUGAGGAUGAGGAUGGGGAGGAUGGCUCGUCCACCACGCUGCUCUUCGAGAGCCUGCGGGACUGGGAGGAGGAGCUGCAGCGUCUCGGCGCUGCGGGCUGGAGGGUGAGCGCCGUCAAUGAGCGCUUCGACAUGGCCCCGAGCCUCCCCCAGUACCUCUGGGUGCCCAGUGGGCUUCUGGACCACGACCUCAAGCGAACCUUUGCGCACUUCCAGGAGCGUCGGGUGCCUCGCCUGUGCUGGCACCACCCGGGAGGGGGGCACCUGCUGAGAGCUGCCAGCUUCCACCCAGCCUCAGAGCCGGGCAGCGAGGACGUGAGGUGCCUGGAGGAGCUGCUGCUGGGGGGCCGUGGCCCCUGCGUGUUGGCUGACACGGCCGAGCUGCCCACGCUGGCUGACAUCCAGCUCGCCCACCUGAGGCUGAGGGCGCUCUGCCUGCCAGGUGCAGUGGCAGAGGAGAAGUGGCUCUCGGCCCUGGAGGGGACGCGCUGGCUGGAUCAUGUGCGCUCCUGCCUGAGAAAAGCAGCGGAGGUGGCGUCGCUGCUGGCGGGGAAGCGCUGCUCCGUGGUCCUGCAAGAACCCUCAGACCGGGACCUGAACUGCCUGCUGGCCUCCCUGGUGCAGCUCCUGGGGGACCCCCAUGCCCGCUCCCUGCCCGGCUUCCAGAGCCUGGUGCAGAGGGAGUGGGUGGCGGCCGGGCACCCCUUCCCACGGCGCCUGGGGCUGCUGUGCCAGGACAGCCCCCGGGAGGAGGUGAGACCCCCUGGUCCCGUGUUCCUGCUCUUCCUGGACUGCACGUGGCAGCUGCUGUGGCAAUUCCCAGCCGAUUUUGGCUUCACCGAGGCUUUUCUGCUGGCGCUGCACGACAGCAGCUUCAGCCCCUACUUCAGCACCUUCCGCUUCAGCUGCCAGCGCCAGCGGGGCCGCAGCAGCCUGGUGAGGGCAGGGGACCAGACCUACCGGCCCAUGGGGGGCUGGCAGGACCCCGGGGGGCACAGGGGAGACCCCUGGCCCUGCAGCUUUCCCCCGGUGUGGGCCUGGGGCCGCCGCUACAGCCGGCAGCAGCGGGAGCAGUUCCUGAACCCCGCGGGACCCCCGGGCCCUGCUGGGCCCCUGACCCCGAGCACGGUGAAGCCCUGCCCGUGGGGGGGGCCCAGGCUGGUGCUGGCUCUGGCCAAGGGCUCCUUGUGCCCCCACCCCCUGCCCUGGUGGAGCCGCCCCCCCCCGCGCCCCCCACCCCGGGGGUCCCCCUCAGGCAGCCAGGGGACACUGGGGGGGCUCUUGGGGACGUGCCAGCCCCCCCCGGGGCUGCUGCUGCCCUGCACCGCCGGGCCCUGCGUGCGGCUCUGGCACCGCUGCUACCUCAGGGGGCUGCCCCAGGAACAGCAUGGCCGCUUGGCCCCAUCCCUGGCCGGGCUGGCUGAAGAGCUGCAGCUGCUCCAGGAGCGGCUCCGUGCCUGGAACCUGCGGAGACCCCACUGAGAGCCCGAGGACACCUGAGCCCACCCCAGGAUCGCUCGGGCCUCGGGGGCUUUGAACACCCCGGUGCCUCCGGCUGCUCCCCACAGCCGCCCCCGGCUACCUCUGGGUGCUUGGCACUGCCGGCAAGGGCGGAGCGGCGGCUCCCGAGG